GACAAUUUUCGAAUGCCGCAGUGGCCGACCUUCAUGACCAGCCACGGCAAGUUGCUGGGCAAGUUGGGCAAUCGUGUGGAGAGGAGAGAGCGGGCAGGUCAGACGAGGUACGAGACUCCUCCUCUUCACGCAGCAGGGCUCCCCAGCCAUGGGAACAACGUCCUUUGCUUCCUCCAUCACGUGCAAACUCUCGACCCGAGCUUCCAGGUGUGGGACCCAUCUUGGGAAAGGAUGUACAGAGGGACCUGGCAACCAGCUUGCCGAUCAGCGCACCAUCGAGCCAGCCUUGUGUGGCCAAAGCAUCAGGCCAGAUGAGCUCUGGGGCGAUGGCUCCUGAUAUGCCGGCAUCCAUGGAAACAGCCGAAGACAGGCGUUGGGUCGUGCAGGGUACCAUCCAGUCGGUGCCUCCAGUCCGCGAGGCUUCUCCUCGUCGGUCUGCUUCUCCUGCAGUCCGCCCAAGCGAGGCACGGCCUUUCUACGACCUGAUGCGUGAGAUGAGGGACAUGAUGAGUACACCUUUGCAGCCUCCUGCGCCUCCUGCACAGCUGCAAGUGCCAGCACGGAGGUCCGGUGCGCCCGGUGCCGGAGCGCUGCCACCAGGUUCGAAGAGUGAUUCGCCACGUGAACCGGAAGCACCUCAGAAGGUUUCCAAGCCAUCCGCGACCUCCAAGUCAGUAGAGGUGCAAGCGGAGCUAUCAAGCCGUGACUUCACGCGAGAGCAACUUCAGCAUCAGGACUUCCGCUCCAAACUGCAGGGUGCACGCCAGCUGCUGCCAGAACUCAGGGCCCGCCGCAGAGACUUGGACUCCGCCAUCCAGGCCAUCGAAGCACGAUCCGGGGAGCUGCGCCAGCGCUGUGCCGAGGCUGAGCGUGAGGCGCUCGAAGACUUCGAGGUGAUGCGGAAUCAUCUCAACUCCGUCGAGAGUCUCAAGCAGGCAGUGUUGAGCCGAGAGCGUGACGUGCGCUUGCGUCUCGCUGGACAAAUUGAGGAGUUCUGCCAGCGUCUCGUCCAGGCUGAUGGAAGCAAUGACGCCAGCGCAGCAGCUGCGUUGCGCGCCGAGUUUCCAGAUCUUCAUGCAGCAGCAGAUGUGCUGUGCUCCCGUGCCUGCUCUCUGCCGCAGGUGGAAGUGCCCAUUGACGACGUGCCUUUCGAAGCCCGAGCACGGUCCGACAAGCUCAGGAGGUACGUCGUGGCAGAACGGCUGCUGAAGGCCAGGGACACCUGCCUGUGGCGAAGGGAGCA